GACGAGAAGAAUCAGGUCUUGAUCACAAAUGCUUGGCUGCAGAUGUACUGGAUUGAUGUUUACUUGUCUUGGGAUCAAUAUGAAUACCCAGGGGUGCAGAACUUGCGAUUUCCAGCUGACCAGAUUUGGGUACCAGACAUUCUUCUGUAUAACAGUGCAGAUGAAAGAUUUGAUGCAACAUUUCACACAAAUGUGCUGGUGAAUUACUCUGGAUCCUGCCAGUAUAUUCCUCCAGGCAUUUUGAAGAGCACAUGCUACAUUGAUGUCCGCUGGUUCCCCUUUGAUGUGCAGAAGUGUGAUUUGAAGUUUGGCUCCUGGACUCACAGUGGCUGGUUGAUUGACCUGCAGAUGCUCGAGGCUGAUAUUUCCAACUAUAUCUCAAAUGGAGAAUGGGAUUUAGUGGGUGUCCCAGGAAAGAGGAAUGAGAUGUACUAUGAAUGCUGUAAAGAACCAUACCCAGACGUGACAUACACCAUCACCAUGCGCCGACGCACCCUCUACUAUGGCUUGAACCUACUCAUUCCCUGUGUUCUCAUAUCUGGUUUGGCACUUCUUGUUUUUCUUUUGCCAGCUGAUUCAGGGGAGAAGAUUUCUUUAGGUAUCACUGUCCUGCUUUCCCUGACUGUAUUCAUGCUACUUGUGGCUGAGAUCAUGCCUGCAACUUCUGACUCAGUCCCACUAAUAGCUCAGUAUUUUGCUAGCAUCAUGGUCAUCGUUGGUCUGUCUGUGGUGGUAACAGUGCUGGUUCUGCAGUUUCACCAUCAUGACCCACAAGCAGGAAAGAUGCCCAAAUGGUUACGAAUGAAAAAACCUGGGGAAAAUAUAAAGCCCCUCUCUUGCAAAUAUAGCUAUCCCAAGAACCAUCUGAGUGUGAAUAGCAUGGAGAUGAAUGUUCUACCUGGGCACCAGUCCAGCAAUGGCAACACCAUCUAUAGCUACCACGUGACAGAUAAUCCAUGCUGCCCUCAGAAGAGUGAUCUGGGUAGCAAGAGUGGAAAGAUUACUUGCCCCUUACCAGAAGAUGCAGAGCUUGUUCAAAAGAAAGCUUCAGUGGAUACUAUUAUGGUGAUUGUGAAGAUCCUGGAGGAAGUUCAGUUCAUAGCAAAGCGCUUCAGGAAACAAGAUGAAGGUGAAGAGAUCUGCAGUGAGUGGAAGUUUGCUGCUGCUGUCAUAGACAGAUUAUGCCUGGUUGCAUUUACCCUUUUUGCUAUCAUUUGCACAUUUACAAUACUUAUGUCUGCUCCAAAUUUUAUAGAAGCUGUUUCAAAGGACUUCGCAUAAAGAUUUCAACGAUGACCAUGAUAAUUUAAAAAUUAAUAUUGCCAGUAAUUUUGCUAGAUAAUUUAACUCAAAUAGAGAAGUGUACUUAUAUGUGCUAACAUACACAGAAGGGGAUGAAAAUAAUUUCAGGAGGUAAUUAUUCCUGAUGUUAGUGAUUGUAGUUACUGAAUAGCAAACGUAUUUAUCUCUGUUACUUAUUUCAUAGACUAGUGCCACA